AUGUCUACACUGAUUGUACCUCCAAUUCCUCCUUCUCCUAGAGAUGAUGCUAUUCAACUUUACCGUGCUUUCAAAGGAUUUGGGUGUGAUACAAGUGCUGUGAUCAACAUUCUUGCUCAUCGAGAUGCCACUCAGCGUGCCUGCAUUCAACAAGAAUACAAAACCACAUUUUCUGAGGAGCUUUCCAAGCGCUUAGUUUCUGAGCUCACCGGAAAGUUAGAGACUGCACUUCUGCUUUGGAUGCAUGACCCUGCCGGGCGCGAUGCAGAAAUCAUCAGGAAGUCUCUUGUUGUGAACAGAAACCUCGAAGCUGCUACCGAAGUAAUAUGUUCGCGAAGUCCAUCCCAGUUACAAUAUCUAAAACAGCUGUACCAUUCAAAGUUUGGUGUUUAUCUCGAGCAUGAAAUCGAAGCAAACACUUCUGGAGAUCUUCAAAAGAUCUUGCUUGCAUAUAUAAGCACCCCUCGCCAUGAAGGACCUGAGGUUAAUAGAGAAAUCGCUCAGAAGGAUGCAAAGGCUCUCUUCCAAGCGGGUGAAAAGAAACUUGGAACUGAUGAAAUGACUUUUGUUAAAAUAUUCAGUGAACGAAGUGCUGCACAUUUGGUUGCAGUCAAUUCGUAUUAUCAUGACAUGUAUGGUAACUCAUUGAAGAAGGUAGUAAAGAAUGAAACAUCUGGGAAUUUCGGUCUCGCACUUUUGACAAUAAUGGAAUGUGCUAAAAAUCCAGCAAAGUAUUUUGCAAAGGUGUUGCAUAAGGCAAUGAAAGGUAUGGGGACUAAUGAUGACACACUCAUAAGAGUUAUUGUAUCAAGGACUGAGAUCGAUAUGCAAUAUAUUAAAGCUGAAUAUGCUAAGAAAUACAAGAAGACAUUGAAUGAUGCAAUUCACUCUGAAACAUCGGGCAAUUACAGGGUUUUUCUUGUCGCACUUUUGGGUCCCAAUCAUUAG